CAGAGUGAGAGUGAAGCUGGGGAGGGAGAGAGAGAAUGAGGCAAGCGGUUGAAUGACGUUGUCUGGAGGGCAGACUUAACAGUGGGCAGUCAGAGUUUACAAUGCUUGCUGGAGGAGAGGUUUUUACCUUGUUUAUGGAGUGCAAAGAUUGAGGGGCCCAUGCUUUGGACUUGAUUGAGGGGGAUUUUUUAACCACAAUUGGUUUCCUUUGUCACGGGGAACCAACAAAAGAGAGCGUUGCGUUACAAAGAUAAAGACAUGGAUAUUGGAGGUUUGGAGACUGUGGUGGCCAACUCGGCCUACGUGUCAGCGCGCGGGAGUAUAGAUGGUGCUGCCGCGGCAACUAUGCGUGACAAAAAAUACCGGGCUAAGCUCAACCUUCCACAUAUCAGACAAUGUGAACACAUGAAGACCACAGUCGAUUCUGCAUUCGACAGCAUGUGCGUACGCCAGCCAAUUGGUAAACGGCUCUUUCAGCAAUAUCUCGAAAGUGAAGCUGCUCACAAGAAUGCUGCAGACCUCUGGAAAGAUAUUGAAGACUACAACAUUGCACAAGAAAAUGACAGAGCUCAGAAAGCACAAAAGAUGGUCAACAAAUACUACGAGUCAUCCUCCAAGAAUUUCUGCAACUUCCUGGCAGACAAGUCAGUGAGCAGGGUGAAGGAGGACCACAAGAACAUUCCAGGAGAUCUUUUUAAAGAGAGCGAACAGCAGCUCCUUGCCCACCUGGAAGCGAAAGCACUGAAUGGCUUCAAGGACAGCAUGUACUUUCUGCGUUAUGUACAGUUUAAAUGGCUGGAGAGUCAACCUGUUUCUGAGGAUUGGUUCAUGGAUUUCAGAGUCCUUGGAAAAGGCGGGUUUGGUGAGGUCCAUGCUUGCCAAAUGAAGGCAACAGGGAAGAUGUAUGCUAACAAGAAACUGAACAAGAAGAGGCUGAAGAAACGUAAAGGUUAUGAUGGUGCUAUUAUUGAGAAGCGCAUUCUGGCUAAAGUGCACAGUCGUUUCAUUGUGACUCUGGCCUACGCUUUUCAGACCAAAACAGACCUCUGCCUGGUUAUGACCAUCAUGAAUGGAGGAGACCUCAGGUUCCAUAUGUAUAAUGUGGAUGAGAAGAAUCCAGGCUUUAAUGAGGUUAGAGCUUGUUUUUACACUGCUCAGAUCAUCUGUGGACUUGAGCAUUUGCACCAGCACAGGAUUGUGUACAGAGACCUCAAACCCGAGAAUGUGCUGCUGGAUGAUGCAGGACAUGUGCGUCUGUCUGAUCUGGGUUUGGCUGUUGAAAUACCACCAGGGAAAGACAGAACACAGGGAUAUGCUGGGACCCCAGGUUUCAUGGCUCCAGAAUUGCUGCAGAAGAAAGAGUAUGACUACACUGUAGACUACUUCACUCUGGGGGUCACUCUAUACGAGAUGGUUGCCGCCAAGGGACCUUUCAGGUGUCGUGGAGAGCAGGUGGAAAACAGUGAAGUGACACGUCGUAUCUUGAGUGACCCCGUCUCAUACCCCCCGACCUUCAGCCAGGAGCUCAAAAACAUCUGUGAAGGACUUAUGGAGAAAGAUCCAGAGAAAAGACUCGGCUUCAAGAACAACGAAUGUGCUGAGCUAAAGAAGCAGUCCUUCUUUAAAGAGCUCAACUGGGGCCGAUUAGAGGCUGGUAUGCUUCCUCCUCCCUUUGUGCCAGAUCCUAAGAUGGUCUACGCCAAGGACAUUGAUGAUGUGGGAGCGUUCAGCACCAUCAAGGGUGUUGUUAUUGACAACAAAGACAAUGAAUUCUACGAUGAAUUUGCAACUGGAAACGUUCCGAUUCCAUGGCAGGAUGAGAUGAUUGAGACAGGGGUGUUCGGGGAGCUUAACGUCUGGGCACCAAAUGGAAAACUCCCAAACGAUCUGGAUCCAAACUAUGUGGAAGCUAAAAGCGGGGGAUGUGUGCUGCUGUGAAGCCAAGAGAUACAAACAGAAGUGAAAGAGAGAGCUCAGGGGAGCAAAGGAAAUGAUUUACAAUGAUUCACAGUGAUUAACAAAAGCAUAAAUUAUGUAAUGGAUUAUGCACAGUCAGCAGGUCAUUAUUGCAAAAAUAAACCCCCACAGAAUCAACAGUGUCAUGCAUCAUUCUAAAGGGGUUUAUUUUGCAAUAAUGGGUGGCUGAUUGUACAUUAUCCUGCUUAUUAAAUGGCUAUUUACCAAAUAAAUAAAUACAUGGACAUUAAAUAUUGAUUUGAAUUUAACUUUUUGUGAGAUAAAAGACAACACAAAGUGAUACGAGAGACAUUAAUUAAGCACAGAGCAUGGCACUGAGUGCCAGGGACAGCAGUCAAAUAUAAAGCUUAGCCACCAUUACACAAAAAUAUCUGACCACAGAAUGACCUGACUGACCAAUCAGGAUCAGGUAUUUCAGAGAGCCAUGUAAUACAUGAUUUCAAUGUAUGAGAAAUACUGUAGAGGAGGUGUUGUGUAGGCUCAAAUGUUCUGCUCAACUUAUCAAUUGAAAUCCACAUAUGUUGGGACAUAUGUGAACUACACAAAUGAAAAAUAUUUACAUUUAAACAGUAAACAAACCAUACCAAGUUUAAUGACUUUCUGUAAACAUUACAAUGAUUUUUAUUUGUUGUUGUUUUAUUGUAAAGUACAAACACAAGGUACCAUUGUUACUGACAAAGUAAUUUGUGUUUGUACACUCACAGUUUCACCUAUGAGGGAGUUUUUGGCCAUGGAGGAUGUUAGCAUAAAAAGAGGAAUCAAAAUCUAGUACAUGUAAAAUGAAGGAACCGAAAAGUAACGUGUUGGCUUAUAUCUAAUAGAGGAAGUGAGAUCCUUGUUCACUUCUAUGGUUAAAAUAUAUUUACCUAGUGAUUAAAAAAAAUACUCUAUUUACUAUUUGUCAACACACUGAUUUUGGAUUUAUAAUAUAUACAUUUAUUUAUAGCAGUCUCAUUAUAAAGUUUACAAUAAUAAGAAUAUAAAAUAAUUUUAUGUAGAGUCCUGUGUUUUUAAUGGGAAGUCUGGAAUCAACUUCUUUGUUGAAAUGUUGAACUGGGAAUUCUCAGUUGUUUUAGCUACAAGUAAGAUGUUCUGGAUGGAAAUUUAUGUACUUUUGUGGUAUUCAAGUUCCCCAUUGUA